UAUAUAAUGGAGAAAAACAAGGAUAAGUAAACGAAUUAAAUUUAAAACAAAAAAAAAAACCUUUCGCCCGUCCGAGGGCACUAAGUAUUCUUCAACCUCCGGUGUGAUCCUCGUUCAGGAAAUACGUCUGUGGUGUGCAUCUUAAAGUAGUACUAAUAAUAUUUGUAAUUAUUAAUAUACUAAAUUACUGUUUAAGUCUCCUAAGAGUAAGACUUAGCACUAAUAUGGAUGUUAUGGAAAUUAAUAAACUAGAAAUAGUAUUCGUAGUGCAUGUUCAAACUUUCGCCUUAGCACUACUAUUAUUAGUACCAAAAAAAAGUAAAACUACUGGUAAUAAUAUUAUUAUUAAUAGUAAUAUAAAUAUAGCGCACUGUUACUGUUAAAACGAGACCAGAAAUCAACUGGAAGUUGGAAAAUAAGUACAAAUUUGUCUGUAUCUUAUUUUACAGGGAUUUGAAUAUUAAAGAAAUAGUGGACUUGAAAGAAAUGAAAAAUGGCCAUAACAGAUUUUGUUGCAUCCCUUCAAGAUAACCCAUAUUUUGGUGCAGGUUUUGGUUUAGUUGGUGUUGGAGCUGGUGUAGCCUUCCUACGUAAAGCCUCACAGGUUGGAAUGAUUCUCUUUCGUCGUCACUAUAUGAUGACUUUAGAAGUUCCGUGCCGUGACAAAAGUUACCAGUGGCUGUUGCAGUGGAUCACAUUAAAUGCAAGAAAUACCCAACACUUGAGUGUAGAGACAAGUUUCCAGCAGCAUGAGACAGGGAAAAUUAAUACAGCUUUUGAUUUUGUACCAAGUGUAGGAACUCAUUUCUUCAAGUAUAAAAAUACAUGGAUCAGAGUGGAAAGGAAUCGAGAACAGCAUACAUUAGACCUACACAUGGGUGUGCCCUGGGAGACAGUUACCUUGACAGCAAUAGGGAGAAAUAAAAAUCUUUAUUUUUAUAUUCUUGAUGAAGCUAGAAAGUUAGCCCUUAAAAAACAAGAGGGAAAGACCAUUAUGUAUACAGCAGUGGGCUCCGAGUGGAGGCAGUUUGGGCAUCCUCGUAAACGACGACCUUUGACUUCAGUGAUCUUGGAUAAUGGUAUUUCAGAACGAAUUUACUCAGAUGUAAACGAAUUUAUUAAAGGACCUCAGUGGUAUACUGAACGAGGCAUACCAUAUAGAAGAGGAUAUCUCUUGUAUGGGCCACCUGGAUGUGGGAAAAGCAGCUUUAUCACUGCCUUAGCUGGAGAACUAGAAUACAGCAUCUGUGUGUUGAACCUCAGUGAGAGGGGUCUCUCAGAUGAUCGUUUGAAUCACUUGAUGAGCGUAGCCCCACAACAGAGUUUAAUACUCCUUGAAGACAUUGAUGCAGCAUUUGUUAGCAGAGAGGACAAUGCUAAAUUGAAAGUGGCCUACGAGGGACUGAACAGAGUAACAUUUAGUGGACUGUUAAACAUGUUAGAUGGAGUUGCUUCAGCAGAAGCAAGGAUUCUCUUUAUGACAACAAACUACUUAGAAAGAUUGGAUCCAGCACUCAUUCGCCCUGGACGAGUUGACAUGAAGGAGUAUAUUGGUUAUGCUUCAGGUAGGCAGUUAAAACACAUGUACCAGAGGUUUUAUCCUGAACAGCCAGAAGAAAAAGCUGAAGAGUUUGUCCAGGCUGUUCAAAAGCAUGGAAAAGAAGUCAGUAUGGCAUUGGUUCAGGGGUACUUUAUGUUUUAUAAGAAUGAUCCUUAUGGUGUGAUUGAAAACACCAAUUUGAUGUGGAAAUUAUGACAUUAUUGCUUUGUGUAUUAGGUAUAAUGUUGUAGAAUGUAUUUAUAUUAAUAAAAACUUAUUUUUUAUUUCUUGAA